CUCAGCCUCCCAUGGACGCUUUCGACCCAACUGUUCCCUCUGCCUCCGUUGACACUUUCGACCCAACUGUUCCCUCUGCCUCCGUUGACACUUUCGACCCAACUGUUCCCUCAGCCUCCGUUGACACUUUCGACCCAACUGUUCCCUCUGCCUCCAUGGACACUUUCGACCCAACCGUUCCCUCUGCCUCCAUGGACACUUUCGACCCAACCGUUCCCUCUGCCUCCGUUGACACUUUCGACCCAACCGUUCCCUCUGCCUCCGUUGACACUUUCGACCCAACCGUUCCCUCUGCCUCCAUGGACACUUUCGACCCAACCGUUCCCUCUGCCUCCAUGGACACUUUCGACCCAACCGUUCCCUCUGCCUCCGUUGACACUUUCGACCCAACCGUUCCCUGCUGCCUCCGUUGACACUUUCGACCCCAACUGUUCCCUCUGCCUCCGUUGACACUUUCGACCCAACUGUUCCCUCUGCCUCCGUUGACACUUUCGACCCACCUGUUCCCUUUGACUCUAUGCACUCUCCGGCCUCCGCCUCCACCUACACCUCUACCUCGACCAGCACAGCAGUGAGUGAUACUAGGCAUGACUUGAGGAGGCUGCUCCAAGGUCUACAGUCAGCUGUUGAUCUGGUUGAGUCUGGACCCAUAGCAAACUGCAUAAAUGUAGUAAGGUCCAGGGUGCUACAAUGUGCUUUGAGGACCUUCAACAGACGAGCAUUCAAUCCACAUAAACAACUCGAUAUCGUAUUUGUGGAUUCGUGCGGAACAGGGGAGGGAUCUGUUGAUACUGGUGGUCCUACCCGGGAGUUUCUCAGGCUACUGAUGAAAGAACUCCUGGAUUCAAGAUAUUUUGUUGGACCCGAGAACGGCAAGAGCCUUGCUCUUGAUUCCCUUGGCUUAUCCAGAGGAACAUACAAGGUGUUAGGGAUGAUCAUAUCAGUCUGCCUUGUUCAUGGCGGGGUGGGACCCCGUGUGUUGGCCAGAAGGCUGUAUUCACAGCUCUCAGGGAUCCCUGCUCCACCAGUGAACAUAGAAGAGGUUUAUGACCCUGAGCUGCAUGACCAGCUGGACAAGGUAAGAUAUACAUCUGUUUUUGGUCUUUAUGAUAUCAAAAGUCGAAUCUGUAAUGUCAUUAACACCUUAACCUCAGGGCCAAAAUAGCUUCUUUGUAUUGUGCUAUGUUUUUGUUUUUUGGGGGGGUCUGUUGAGUAGCUAUAGAUAGAUUGUUGGUAAAUAUGGACAUGUUAAACAUUUAGGAAAAAAAU